AAUACUACUGUAGUUGGGAUAUAUUUCGGUGCCGAACCCAUACCAUAUCGUCAUACUUUACCAGGUCGUAAUAUCACCCUCGGCCAGUUCAAAACUCUUAUUACCAAGAAAGGAACAUUCAAAUAUUUCUUCAAACGAGAUAGUGAUGAAUUUGGAGAAGGAGCCGUAUUUGAACAAAUUAGUGAUGAUAGUGUUGUUCUACCAAUGUGGGAGAACAAAAUAGUUGCCAAGGUGGACAAAAUUGAA